GUGUCGAACGCGAACCCACCGCGGAGAAACCUCCUGGCCUCUUACACGCAGCGUCGUAGCAUUGGGCCUUCUCGCCUCUCGUAGCCACGCCGGCACGCCGCCCUUCCCGGCCUCCUUGCCUUGCCGGCGCUCGCCGUCCGUCCCGGCCCCGCGGCCUCUCCAGCUCUGAAGGAAUGGGCCUGUGGACGUUGCUGGAGGGUUUUUUGCUUCUUGCAAAUGCAUUGGCGAUACUGAACGAAGACCGCUUUCUUGCUCCUAGGGGAUGGAGCAUGUCUGAAGUCUCAGGAAAUGGGCAAACGAAGUCAUUGAAGGGCCAGAUCGUGGGGCUUAUCUAUGCUACACAAUUUCUGAGGAUGCCCUUGAUAGCUCUUAAUGUUCUUAUCAUUGUUGUGAAAUUGGUGUCAGGCUGAGCCUCACUGUCUCUGGUUUUGGCUGUUGGGUUGGAUUGGUAUCAGUUCCAGCAUUAUGUAAAAGUUAAUUAUACUCAAACUUGCUGGAAAUAUGUCCAUGUUGACUCUAAUGUGUAUAUCGGUUAUUGUUCUGGUAAAUUAAUUAUGGUCAGAAAAUGGUUUCUUUGACAUUCAUACUAUCAAAGUAUGUGUUAUGUGCCA